UGUUGAGGAUAGCAAGGGAAAGAUAAAAAGAGAGAGGUGAAGGAGAGAGAAGAGAAGAAGGUGGAGGAGAGGAGGGGGGCGUCGCGACGUCAGGCCCAGAGCUGGUCCGUCCGUCGUCCGGCCGACUCGAGCAUCAGAACCGCGGAUUUCGCGAGAUAUAGAGACGCGAAUAUAGGUGCAUACACACGCGCCGUCGCGAUAGACGCACACAUGCGAAUCUAUGCGCGACAAAUGUCCACGCACACACACACACCUAUUUUCGCCGGACAGUGCCGUCGCGCUUACAAUCCACGUCGCACCACCCGAUCGUGAUGAUUGAUCGUCCUGGAGACGUGUGAUGAAAAAAUUAUCAUUCGAGCUUCAUCAAAUAGUGCAUCAAAAUUAGUGUUAGUUUGAUUCUCCCACAGUCGAGGACGACAGGAGGAUCAGCGCCAAAGGCUUCUUAUGGAUUACGGAUCAAGUUGACCUGAAGUUGUCCUCAGAAAAGAGGACUCAACAAUUAUAGAUUAAAGUUAGGUUCCUCUGAGCAUGGAAGAACCGUCGUGGAAGAAGUGGAUUUUCCGAAGGGGGUUGGAUAUAAAAUAUAGCAGAGUGAUUAUAGCAUAAGAUAAAUAGUGUUGGGGAGUGAUUCCGAGUGAACUGACAAUUGGAGAACGAGUGUCGGAAGCUUUGUGAGAAGUGUGAGACUUGAGGUUUGAUUACCUGGAGCUUGGGGAUUGUGGUUUUGGGUGGUUUUAGGGACUUUUUUCGGGUCCACGAAGGUCCAUUUGUUUGGAUCGACAGAGUUGUCGGACCGUCGGCACGAAUCGAGUGGACGCGCCGAUUGGUGGAGUGUAUAAUUAUUAUCAAGAGGCAGAGGGAUGACACGUAGAAAGCAGGCUCGACCCAAUCGUGCCCACCUCGAGGACGAUUUAGUCCAGGGAUCUCUCGAGAUUUUUCCCCUGAGAACAUUCGAAGACGAUACCCGAGAAGAAAAUGACUCAGCUUCGGAGGACGAGGAAAGUGGAGGAGGAGCCAUCGGCGAAGAGGCCGUUGAUCUUACGGCUACCCGUUCCCAUCACGGAGAUGAGGAUGAAAAAGAUCAGGAAGAAUUACCAAUGGAGGAAGACGAGGAUGAAGGAGUUGUUGAUGAGCAGGAGGAGCAGGACGAAGACGAGGAGGGUUCGCGCAAGCAAAUGCGAAAUCGCCAGGAUGCAGAAAACAAUAAUAGCUUCGUGGAGGGUGGUUCAGCUGCCGGAGUCUUUCCUCCCGCCGGUACUAGUCACGUCACACUUGGGGCUCUUGAAAAUACAAAAGUUGCAGUUGCCCAAUUUGCAGCCUCGGCCCUGGCGGGCAGUGCAGACAGCGAGGCGGCCAUGCAAGAUUACGCCCUCUUGCAGAGUACCCUUUACACCCUUCAGCACCAACAGGUUUUUCAACUUCAGCUGAUCAGUCAACUGCGGCAACAAUUGUCAGGGUCGCAACCUGGAACGACACCGGCGAUAGGAGACUCAGCGACCACUGAUAGCAAAGAAGCUUCACCUUCCCCGAUUACAAAUCCAAAAUCCCUUCCCAUCCUCACUUCCCCUCCUCCAUCCCGACCACCCAGUCAUCAGCAACCAUCCCCAUCGCCUCUCACCCCCAGCUUGCCCCAGGAACGACCCGUACCCACAAGCAGUGCUUCUCCGGUCGGCGUACCUCUUCCUUCAUCCACCGCGACGACGCCAACCACAACAUGUAGCAACAUGGUAGCCAUGAGUCAUCAGAUGCCACCGCUCUGCUCGAUAAGUUCAUCCCUCGCGUCGACGAUCAUCACCAACAACGAUCCAUUACCUCUUCAUGAACCGAACACUCUGGAGAUGCUUCAAAAGCGCGCUCAAGAGGUACUUGAUAAUGCAAGUCAAGGUCUACUGGCGAACAAUCUGGCAGAUGAGCUCGCCUUCAGGGGUGGUAAAGGUUCGAGAUUGUCUCCCUACGACUCGAAAACGGGUGGCAGCCGGGGCGAACCCUUCUUCAAACAUCGAUGUCGCUACUGCGGCAAGGUCUUUGGCAGCGACUCCGCCCUCCAGAUCCACAUACGGUCCCACACAGGUGAGCGUCCCUUUAAGUGCAACGUCUGCGGGAGCCGAUUCACCACCAAAGGAAACUUGAAGGUCCACUUCCAAAGGCACACGGCCAAGUUUCCGCAUAUUAAGAUGAAUCCCAAUCCCGUUCCUGAACACCUUGAUAAGUAUCAUCCUCCACUCCUCCAGCAGCUCGCAGCAUCCGGACAGAGACCUUUACCAUCUCCACCACCUCCACCCCACCCGCAUCACCCCCCUUUUCAUCCAGCCUCAGCACAUGGUUUUCUUCCCCCACAACCUCCCUUACCUCUUAGUCUAACCAUGCCCGGUAUGUCGCCCCUUUAUCGACCUCCUCUCGUCAAUCACCGAGAUGAUCAAGAUGUCCCUGAGAACCUCAGCAAGCCUAUGGCAAUGGCACCUGCGACCUCUCCUCAAUCACCUAACACCCACUCAAGUUCACAUCAUUCCUUUCUUGAUCAUCAACCACAAAAACAAAUGCAAGAUCCAAAAGAAGAUUUAAGGGAAGAGAUUAAGGUCGAGCAGUCAACGCCAGAAUCAUUUCAGCUACAACCAUCCAUGCAGGAGAAUAAGGAACCAAUCACGCCGAAACGUGAGCCAGAGGACGUUGAUGAACUACCAGAGGAGGAAGGCGAGGAAUUCGACGAGGCGACUAGGAAAUUUAUGAACUCCUCACCAUCCUCGGCAAAUCCUCCUUCUCACCCUCAACAGUACGAGGAUUGUAGUAUGGAUAGCAAAAUUAGUGGACGUCUGGAAGGAGAUGUGGAUAUGGAAGCUGAGGAGGACAUGGAGGAGCAACCUGAGAAUCUCUCAAGUAGAGGACCUGGAAUCCGUCUUUCGCAACAGCCAAUUCUGUACCCUGGGGCAUCACCAGCGAGUAGCAGCGCCAGUAGUGGAAGUCUUCAGACAUCCUUUUCUGGAAUCAUAUUCCCUGGCCCACCACCUCACCACCAGUUACCUCAUCAUCCUUCGUCAACAACUGGAACAACUCCCACAGGCUCUGUGAACGAUAUGAUCGUUGAUCCUGCAAGAGAUCCAGCUAUAUAUUCAAGCCUCCUACCGAGACCUGGUAGUAACGACAAUUCUUGGGAGAGCUUAAUAGAAAUCACAAAAUCCUCGGAGACGAUGAAGUUGCAGCAGUUGGUAGACAACAUCGAACACAAGUUGACGGACCCGAACGAAUGUGCUAUUUGUCAUCGAGUGUUAUCUUGCAAAAGCGCUCUGCAGAUGCACUACAGAACGCACACAGGAGAACGACCUUUUAAAUGCAAAAUCUGCGGAAGGGCCUUCACCACGAAAGGGAAUCUCAAGACUCACAUGGGAGUUCAUCGAGCGAAACCACCUCUACGAGUCCUGCAUCAGUGUCCUGUUUGUCACAAGAAAUUCACUAAUGCUUUAGUUCUUCAACAACACAUACGAUUGCACACGGGCGAGCCCACGGAUCUUACUCCAGAGCAAAUCCAAGCUGCAGAAGUGAACGAGUAUCCAGGUUACCCUCACAAUCCUCUCAACUCAUUUCUUCCACAGGGAUUUCCACCUCUUCACCCUGGUGGUCCAGGUUUCUCUCUAGCCUUUCCACCAUCACGACAUUCACUAGAAAGGCAAUCCCUGGAGAGUGAAGCUGAUAUGAAAGAACAUCAACACCUCCAGCUUCAGUUUCAACAGCAGCAACACAGAUACAUGGAAGAACAUGGUGAAGACAUGGACGACCAGGACGAGGAUGAUGAGGAUCGGAGAGAAGAAGACGAGAGGUGUGACGAAGCUCAGGAAAGGCGAAUUGCCGAGGAGGAAGAGGAACUAGAACAAGAGCCCGAGGAACCUGAGCACAAGGAAAUACCUAUCAUUCCUUCCUUCUCAACAUCCCUAGCAGCGCUUGAGAACCAAGUCAGAACGAUCACAACGAUGGCGCAGGGACAUAUGAACUCUGUCAGGUCGCCUCCUAUUCAUCGGUACAAUGGCAGCGAGAAGAGUCACAGUCCACCUAGUGCAGGGGCACCUCUGGAUUUGACACCAAGAGCGUGCUCGACACCAGCAUCCGUAGCUUCCGCUUCGACACCACCGCCUCAAACCACACCACACCACCCCCAUCCAUUCGGCAUGUUUGCAGGACUAUUACAGGCGGUGUCUUCAUCGCCAUCUGUGAAUACGAUGGGCUCGAGCAUAAAUAGUGUUUCGCCGAUGAACGCAGUCAGUCCUGGCAGUGCUGGCGGCGGACCUUUAGCCUCGUUAACAACAUCAGCCGUUUUGGCAGCAACCUCGACUUACAAUCCGCUUGGCCUAGCUGUUGGAGGCCCAGCAGUACGUGGCAACACUACGUGUAAUAUCUGCUACAAGACAUUCGCGUGUAACUCUGCUUUGGAAAUUCAUUACCGGAGCCACACGAAGGAACGACCUUUCAAGUGCACCAUCUGCGAUCGAGGAUUUUCGACUAAGAGUGACGGCACAGUGGUAGAAACGUGCUCAUGUGCUGAGCGGGGAAACGGAUUACCCGCAAGAAGUUCUACUACCGUUAGAUCAGAUCUUCCAUACCAGUCAUUAUCAGCUCGACCACCAUCGAUAGUAUCGACGGAAUCUCAGGAGAAGCCAAAACGCAGGAGACGGCGGCCCGAGGAUCGUAAGAAUCGGGGGCGGACUGGUACUGGAGGGGGGCGGGGACUGACGUCUACCUAUGCUGCAAUCUAUGGGGACGUACGCCUGCCCCCACUGAUGCCCCCCGCCCUCGGACUUCUAACCUCGGACCCCGUAUUCCUGGGCAACAUGAAGCAACACAUGCUUACCCACAAGAUCCGGGAUAUGCCUCCUCAUCUCUUCAGCGACUCGAAGCCGCCAACUCAACAGCAUCAGCAGCACACUCCUGAUCAUGAAACCUCCAGGAGUCCAAUGUGCACUGAUGAGUCAAGUUUACCUCCACCACCUCCACCGCCUCCACCUCCACCGCCGAUGCCACCAACAUCAAUGGAAUCUCCCAUUCCAGUGAAGAGACCUCUAUCCGAAAGCGAACUUGCAGCUCCCAAAAGGCCGCACAGCAUGUCCAGCAAGCACUUGUGCCAGGUUUGCAAUAAGAAUUUCUCCUCGUCCUCGGCGCUCCAGAUCCAUAUGAGAACACACACUGGUGACAAACCAUUCCGGUGCACCGUCUGCCAGAAGGCCUUCACCACCAAGGGCAAUCUCAAGGUUCAUAUGGGCACGCAUAUGUGGACCAACGGAACCUCUCGACGAGGACGCCGAAUGUCUCUGGAUCUUCCUCCUCUGCCCAUCACGCCCAAGGACUCGGAGUUUCUGCAGCGACGCCCGGAUCUCUUCUAUCCUUACCUGCCCACGCCAUUCCUUAAUGGAGUUCAGCAGAAACUGAACGAGAUCUCAGUGAUUCAAGGUAACAACGGAUUGCCGGCUCAUCCAGUCAAUGCCAGCAAAUACGCUGGGAUCUUCGGGUCAGUAUACGGUGGAAGCUUCCCUAUGGAAAAACAACCAAUGACACCUACCAACGGUCCGAUGAGCGACACCAAAUCUUCGCUAGCUUCGGGCUCCAUGUUGUUCCAGACUCCUUCCCCGUCUCAUUCCCCCGGGGCGCCGUCCUCGAACACCGGAAAUCAAAAUUCAGCGAGCAUGCCCGCCUGGAGUGGCGAACCUUUGCAACAUCACUACGAAAGAGAUGCACCUUCAAGAACCGAGAGCAACGCGACUCCACCAUCAGCGCGAUUGCCACCUCCACCUGCGCCUCGAGGGGAAGGUCUAGCUGCGUGAAGAUUCUGCAUUUCCGUUCCUCGCUACCCACCCCCCGAAAUUCGUACUCACUAAUUAGCAACCAGACCCAGGGAUUUCCAUCUGCUGGGUAAAGGAAUUCAUAACUUCGAAUCGGUGUUUCCAGUUGAGUGUUAUAAAACAGCCAGCUUUUCCAUUUACUCAUUAGGUUUGCUAUAGACAGUACGAAUUUCGUCAUCAACCGGGAUGGUUAUCCGAGUUCCACGGUUACUUUCGACAUAUCCCCCAUGGUUGCAGAGACAGCUUAAGAAGACAUCAUGUUCCUAUUAUCACACUAGUCUUAACGUGUAAAAUACAAUCGGCCGAUCGAUGGAUCAGCCGACAGCUUUCGGAUAGGAUAGGUGAACAAGCGCCCGACCCAGGGCAACCCAAAAGGGUCGGGUGCUCCAAUUAUACAUACAAAUAUGAUAAAUGAAUUGAGUUUUUAAUAAACGAUUGUCAAUCCAUUCGAUACGGAGGCGACUCGCGGCGCCUAGACUGAGCUCUGCUGUCUAGCCAGCUAGCCACAAGACACGUGGCGCCGCGCUUCUUUGAGUCUCCGUAUCAGACCGUCCAUAUUCGCGACAGUGAUGGUCUCCUCGCCUAGGUUUAAAUCACGUUAUCACACAUGAUGUAUAUAAAUAUAGCGCAUAUAUACAUAUAUACACUUAUAGUGCAUAUAUGCAUAUACAUACAUGUGCAUAUGGAUAUAUAUAUAUAUAUAUAUAUAUAUAUAUAUAUCGUAUCCAAGAGCGUCGUCGUGAGUGCAUGAGUUGUAUACAGCAUGAAGAGUAUAUGUGAAGAAUGCAUGAGUCGAGCGCAGGAGAAAGAGAAUAUAUUGUUUCCAAUAGGAAAACGCAUGUAAGUAGACGCGGGCCCGGCAGCGCCCCUCGCUGUGAUAUGAGAGGAGCAGCCUGCAAUCACUAAACCAAUGUACUUAUUUCCUGUAUCAUAGUAUUAUAUAUAUAUAUAUAUAUAUUAAUAAAUUAAUUAUUGUAUUAUUAUCGUGCGUAGAGUAACGCGACACUUACUGACACGCAUAAACGCGAGCGUGUGUACAAACUUGGUAUGAUUGACUCUAGAGUUGAUCAAUUAACAUUAAAUUAUUUUUUUAAACUUGCCUUUGUUCCUGAAUAUAUAUAUCAAUUUUUCGAAAUUCUGGUACUCUACUGUCAAUUAUGCUAAGUAUGUUCGAGUAUACCGUAGCGUUACAUUAGCUACGUGCAGAUGUUUAUUCAAGUCUGAUGAAUUAUUAUUGAGGCUUCCUUAUUAUAAUUUUGCCUGUGCCUAGUAUACGAACUUUACCGACCAAUGAACCAGUGAUUCAGUUUAAGAAAUCAUACGUACAUAGUGAUAUACUUUUUUUUCUAGAAAUUUAAGUACGAAAGUGCGUACUAAUCUUCAUCUAGCCCUCAAUUUUAGGUACUUAUGCUUCGAUUCCAUGACACCAGUGUAUCGUUUACGAGUUUGGCUAAUCUAUUUUGCAUUCCCUUUUAAAUUAUCAAAUUUAUCGCGAGUGAAUAAAUUCAAUUCUGUUUGAAGAAAACACAAUUUAUUAAUUUUCUUUUCAAUUUAAAAGAUAGAUUUGGGAACUGUAACCCAUGAUUCAGCUCGCGGUAAGAAAGACUUGCAUUCUUGUUCAGAAUUCGUGAAAAUAAAACCAAGAACCAAAUCUCCUUCCUUUUCUUUUUUUAUUUCUGUCGUCUUUUUUAUUUUUAUUAUUAUUAUAAAUUCACAAUAUAAA